AGUUGCCAAUCAUGAUUCCUUCUUCCGUGAAAAAUUUCGGUUACCGACCUGUCAUCUCUGAAGCCACUCACUGCACAAGUCGGGAAAUAUUUUGUCAGUAGAUAGGAAACUAUCUAUAGGUGGGGAAGAGUUUUCUAUGGAACUCUUUUCGUCCCAAGUUCUGAGUUGUUUCACCUCACAUAUUAUGUUCCCAUCAAGAACAACCCUGGGAAACGGUGAAAAAAUGGUGAUUCCGAAGACCCAACAAAGGAUCUGUCCGCUGGACAUCAAGCCCACCGAUGACCUUCUCAAGUACCACGACGCCUCGGAUAUGAACAGCAAUUACCUCUUCAACAACAAUAACAACAACGUGGAUGGGCCAAACAACAUUGGUGAUUUUUACGCUGGGACGAAAAUUUUCAUCACGGGCGCCACUGGUUUCGUGGGGAAGGCACUGGUGGAGAAGCUGCUCAGGAGUUGCGAUGGCAUCGACACCAUUUACCUGCUCAUGAGGGACAAGAGGGGCAUGUGCAUUGAGCAGAGGCUGAAGGAACUCCUCAAAAAUCCAGUCUUCGGCAAGAUAAGAGACAAGAAUCCAGAGGUGUUCGAGAAGGUGAAAGCCAUAAACGGAGACGUUUCCUUACCCAAUUUGUCCCUGUCAGAAAACGACAAAAACUUCCUGAGGGAGAACAUAGACGUCGUUUUCCACUCAGCUGCCACGGUCAAGUUCAACGAAGACCUGAAGAACGCGGUUUUACUGAACACCCUCGGCACCAAGAGGGUCCUGGAGUUGUGCCAAGGAAUGAAGAACUUGAAGAGUUUCGUCCACGUUUCUACAGCUUUCAGCAAUUCCGAUAAGUCCCACAUCAAAGAAACCGUAUACAAGCCAGCAUUCGACAUGAACUCGAUCAUAAAUUGCAUGGAUAUUCUUCCCAAGGAUAUCGUGGAGAUGCUGUCCAAGAAGUUACUGGGAAAACAUCCGAACACCUACACUUUCACGAAGGCUUUAGCUGAGUAUAUUGUCUUGGAGUACUCAUCGACAAUACCUGCUGCAGUUGUCAGGCCAUCCAUCAUCACAGCAGCUUGGAAAGAACCAAUUCCUGGUUGGGUGGAUAAUAUGAGUGGUAUAACUGGCAUUUUCAUGGAAUGUGGAAGGGGAACCAUCAAAAGUAUCAUUUGCAACGAAAAAUACGUCAUGGAUAUAAUCCCUGUCGAUAUUGUGGUGAAUACUAUCAUUUCUGCAGGAUGGCAUACGUCUGCCUACAAAUCGAACACUAUGAGGGUUUACAACUGUGUAACCGGCGGUAUAAACCCAGUUACAUGGAAGAAAUUUGGAGAGCUGACCCACAAGUACGUCAGGGAAUACCCAAGCAAGUACGUCCAAUGGUACCCUGGUUUCCAAUACCGCACCAACAGAUUCAUACACGUCCUAUACGCCACCCUGUAUCAUACAGUCCCAGCAGCUCUCUUGGACGUGUUCUUAUACUGCACCAGACAGAAACCAAUAAUGUUGAGAAUAAGCAACAAAUUCUACCACGCCUUAGACGCUGGUAAAUUCUUCUCGACCAAUGAGUGGGACUUUGAUACACACACCUUUGCCAGCCUGUCACAGGCUGUCAAACACGCGGAAGAUGGUAAAUGCUUCAACAUAGACAUAAACAAGAAAACUACAGAUUUUGACUGGGAAUCAUACGUGAAGAAUUUCAUGAUAGGCGUUAGGCAAUAUGUUUUGAAGGAUGAUAUGAGCAGUUUGCCUUCUGCUAGGGCCAAAUUAGUGAGGUUGUACUGGUUCCAAAAAGUAUUCCAAGUCUUGUCACUCUGCGCUUUGGUGAAAAUCGCUAGUUUGCGUUACCAACGUUGAAGCCAUCAGGAAGGAGUUUCAUAAGGAAAAUAUGAAUAUUCUAUCUCCAAAUAAUCGAGUAUUAUGUAGAAAGACUUAUAUCAUGAACAGGGGAUUAAAUACCACUUUACAAUAAUAUUUACGAGAAAAUAUUAUAUCUUACUCAAAUUUCAUCUACAUAUAUAUAGUUGUAACCAAUGAUGAAUUGUUCAUUUUAUAAUCAACUGGGGAUAAACGAUGAGGAAAUAUUUAAAUUCUGUCCAUUCGCUAUAAAAUAUAUGAAUUUCUGAUGAUCAUACCGAAUGAAUCACUUAAAUUUUGUAUAACCUACUCGUUUUUACGUAGGAAAGGCGAUUUCCUUAAAUUUUUUUUUAUUAUUCUCAUCUACAAUUUCAACUUGAAAAACCGAUGCUCAAAGUGAAAUUUUAUUCGGAUUUUAUGAUUUAAGUUUAAGAACCAAAUUGCAUAUAGGAUAUCUUAAAUUGUUUUGUUGUUAUUUUAGGUUAAGAACCGUUAUUGAAUAAAUAGAAAGCAUUA